UGACAAAUCUAGCAAUUUCGGUUACAAACUUUCGAAAUACACAAAGCAAUUGUGAUCCUAUCCUCGAUUUCUUCUCAGAAUUCUGUUUGAGGGAAGGCGACGAAUCAGGCCAAUUGACUACGAUGAAUCAGCCUUCACCGAAAACAAGAAUAACCACAGUUGCGACGUUUUCGAGGAAUUAGAGGGGGAAAUGCACUACGAGCCGCCACAUACUUCCUUCCUGACCCAUUGGCCUCUGUCGCCACCGGAGUCACCGUUUCCUCUUUCACCGCUACCACCGAUGCCUUCUUCUUUGCGGCUAUCGUUGAGCUUCUUCCUAGUAGCCUUCUUGUCCCUUUUCUCGCCUUUUUUCUGCGACUCCACCAAACUUCCAAGGUCUUCUUCUUCAAUCUCGCAAUGGGGGGAUCUGAAUCGGCGUUUUGAGAAAUAAGGCAUUCUUCUCCAAUCAUACUAUUAAGUGACACCGUUAAACGAGGAAUGGAAUUUCGUGUAUUUUGAAAGUUGUUCCUAUAAUGUCACAAACAUCAAAGUCGUAGCUAUGGAAGUGCAUUUUGUUUUUUUUUUUAUUUUUUUUAUUAAAAAUUCAUAUGGAUUGGUGGGACGAAAUAUUGUCAACUCAGCAUGUCCAUUAAUCCAGUCCAGUCACACUGUUUAGUGACAUCCGUUAAAAAGAUGCACCGAAAUAACUAUUUUAUUUAUUUCGAAAGUCGUUCCUAUCAUAAACGUGAAAAUGAGUAACUUUUUGUAUUUUACCUUAGUUAUUUGUUUUCCGUUUCAAGGUGAGAUUAUCCAUAAUAUAAUUUUCUCAACCUCACUAUUUUCCUCCCUCGUUCCUCUCCGCCACAAAGAAAGCCUCUUCCCUUUUUUCCUUUCUUCAACUUCGACUCUGAGCUUUACACAUAUCGUGUUGUUCAUCAUCACUACUGGCUGGAUAUUUUUUGCUCCCAUCUCACACCUUCCUCCCUUUCUUUGUUCUCCGAGAUCUAAAAGCUCUCAGCUUUUGUAUCCUUCUCACUUGGAACUCUUAAAUUUUCGAUACUUACACUGCAUAGGUAGUAGCGAUAGACGCCGCUUCUGUUUCCCCUAAAAAGCUUUUUAGUUCUGCCGUUGCUUCUCUUCGUAUACCCACUUCUAACUUGAUCUAUUAAUCGAUUGGAUUCUCUCAUUCUAUUCGCCAUUUGUUUCCUUCUUCAAUUGACCGCAAGCUCUUGUGCCCUUGUUUACUCUCUUUCGUCUCUUCUGUCUUGUUCCUUCUGUUGUUUUGGUGCCAGAUAUUCAGGGGUGAGUUGCCCUUUUCCCGAUUCGGGAACUUGUUGGGAUUACCUAAUUUCUUUUCCGCGCGGAAUUGAUUUCCCUGAUCUUGCUUUGCUAGUUGGAUUCGAUUUGGCUUCUAAGGAAGUUCUAGGCUUUGUUUUGCUGGGAUUCCAUUUCAGAUUUUUCUGGGUGGUGGCUGAUCUGGUGCCUAAGUCUAACCCUGUGAAGUUUUGGCUAUCUGGGUUCUUCUUCUCUACUGGUCAAAUUGACACUCGAGAGCUUUCAGUACUUCUGUAAGACACUGCGGUUUGUGGGUUGAGGCAGACUCUCGCUUGAUACAGAAUUUUGGGGAAGAUUAAUGCGUUGUUGGUAUUGAGAUGCAGCCUGAUCAGCGAAAGAAGUCUGUUGAUGUUGACUUUUUCACCGAGUAUGGUGAGGGUAGCAGGUAUAAAAUAGAGGAAGUUAUUGGCAAAGGAAGUUAUGGUGUUGUUUGCUCGGCAUAUGAUACACAUACAGGAGAGAAAGUUGCAAUUAAGAAAAUCAAUGACAUCUUUGAACAUGUCUCUGAUGCCACUCGCAUCCUUCGAGAAAUUAAACUUCUUAGGCUUCUACGUCAUCCAGAUAUUGUGGAGAUCAAGCACAUCUUGUUGCCCCCUUCCAGAAGGGAGUUUAAGGACAUCUAUGUAGUUUUUGAGUUGAUGGAAUCUGAUCUACACCAAGUUAUCAAAGCAAAUGAUGAUCUAACACCUGAGCACUAUCAGUUCUUUCUUUAUCAGCUUCUCCGAGGCCUGAAAUACAUACACACUGCAAAUGUGUUUCACAGGGAUCUAAAACCCAAAAACAUCUUAGCCAAUGCUGACUGUAAAUUAAAGAUUUGUGACUUCGGCCUUGCAAGAGUUGCCUUCAAUGACACUCCCACAGCAAUUUUCUGGACAGAUUAUGUUGCGACGAGAUGGUAUAGAGCUCCAGAAUUGUGUGGGUCAUUUUUCUCCAAGUACACACCUGCAAUAGACAUAUGGAGCAUUGGAUGCAUCUUUUCUGAACUUUUGACCGGGAAACCUCUUUUCCCUGGGAAAAAUGUAGUUCAUCAGUUGGAUCUGAUGACUGAUCUUUUGGGAACACCAUCUUCUGAAGCAAUUGCGAGGGUUCGUAACGAGAAAGCUCGUAGAUACCUUAGUAGCAUGCGGAAGAAGAAGCCGAUUCCUUUUACUCACAAAUUCCCUCAUGCAGACCCUCUUGCACUUAGGUUAUUAGAAAAAAUGCUAGCAUUUGAACCCAAAGACCGGCCUACCGCUGAAGAGGCCCUUGCAGAUCCGUAUUUCAAAGGUUUGGCCAAAGUUGAGAGAGAGCCUUCCGCUCAACCUGUUACCAAAAUGGAAUUUGAAUUUGAGAGGCGAAGAAUAACAAAAGAAGAUGUGAGGGAGCUCAUUUACAGAGAAACACUCGAGUACCAUCCAAAAAUGUUGAAAGAAUUCUUGGAAGGUUCAGAACCAACAGGCUUCAUGUACCCAAGUGCUGUUGACCAUUUCAAGAAGCAAUUUGCUUAUCUUGAGGAGCAUUAUGGAAAUGGUGGGCCUGCUGCUACUCCGCCAGAGAGAACUCAUGCAUCAUUGCCAAGGGCCUGUGUAUUAUAUUCAGAUAAGAAUCCUAUGCUGAGCUCAGCAGCACAAGUAGCAAAUGAUCUUUCCAAAUGUUCUAUCAAAGAAAUUGAGAAGCCACACAUGGACAAGAGUGGUGGACCUGGUGGUAUCCCGAUGGCAAGGCUUCCCAUUCAAGUCCCUCAAAGUAUUCAAGCGGGCCCUGCUCGUCCUGGGAAAGUUGUUGGCUCUGUACUGCGAUACAACAACUGUGCCACAGCAGCCGAUACAGUUGUUGACCAGCGAAGAAUGGUCAGAAACCCUUCUACCACAUCUCAAUACACCUCUUCGAACGGUUCAUAUCCAAGAAGAAACCCGGGCUGCAAGAAUGACAGGGGAGAAGACGAUGGAAUUGAAGGGUCCAAUGGAUUGCAGCCAAAACCACAGUACAUGGCAAGGAAAGUUGCUGCUGCUCAAGGUGGACCGGGAAGUCAAUGGUAUUGAAGUCAAUGGUAUUGAUGAUGGUUAUACACCCCAGUAGGCACACUUUGACUUCCAUCUCUCCACUCUUGUGGAUGGUCAUCACCAUCAUCCCUUGAUGGAGGUGCUAUGAACUGGACUCACCUGCUUCGGGUACUCUAUCAUGCAAUGGAUUUCGUCGGUGCUAAAGGUGAUUCGAAAGAUUGUGGUCGGAGGAACUUUCUUGGCUUGGGAGGAUGAAGUGGAGCGGAGAAUGGAACAGGUUGUAAUUUAUUUCUCUAACUGAGGUUAAAAGAGCUGAAAUAAUUAGGUUCUUGGUCCGUUAGCAUACCGGUGAGUUGCCAUGUCUGAUUUAGCUCAGUAGUGAGUCCACGUGAAAGGAGUCUGAUGUUCGUAAAUGGGAGUCGGGUAGUGUUGGUUGGUUGCUUACCAGAUUCUCUGCACCUCUUCUUGUUCUUUCCUUUGUAGAAGUUUUCCUACCCUUAUUUUGUUCACCCCAAAUUAUUCAUUUUUCGCUACUUGUACACUUCUCCUAUCUAUGUAUCUCUGUCAAAUAAAGAUUCUGGGUUUAGUACUUGUGAUAUUCCAGGGCAAUGUAUCUACAUACGGACUACCUAGUUGUUACAAUUUGUGCUCACUUAUUGUUUCAUGCAAGCAUUGCAUCCUAUGAUCAAUAAUUUACUAUUUGCGCUCGCUUAUUCUUGUAUGCAAUCGUUGUAUCAUAUGAUCAACUGUUUACUAUUUUUGCCUCGCAAUUUCCUGCUGCGACGCCAUUGUAUCCUAUGAUCAAUCGUUGAUUGUUUGGAAAGGUACUGUUUGUGCAAUCACAGGAAAAGAUACUAAAUACUUACAGUGCCA